CUAAAUGCAGCGCAAAGUUUAUGCAAAUUUAACGUAGAAAUUAUUAGAGAAUUAUUUCAGAAUGGAUCCUGCCGGAUCCCUGCUGCCACACAUAUUGGAUUUGCUGAGUCGCCAGCCCACGCUCAGCGCCGACGUGGAGGAUCUGUGCAAAGCCCUGGAACCCCUUGUCACAGCCCAGCACAUUGCUCCAUUUGGUACGCUCAAGAAAGCCGUGAAAUUUGCCAUGGUUGUGGGCAUUCAUCUGGGCAUAAUCUGGCUGUCAAAGGAGCGUCAACGCUUGCCCUUGAACCUGCGCAGGACGAAUGCGCUGGACAUGCAGGCGCCUAAGCGCAGAUCUGCACGAAAGGCAGUCAAGAAAACGCUGGCUUUGUCCCGUGCAAAGGUGACCAAAGCCCGCAGGCAGGCCAUCAAGGCCCUUAGGAAGGCCUUCGCCAGAGGCAGAGCCAAAGCCAAGCGCCGUGCAGCCUCCUCGAGAGCCAGGCGUCAGUGUCAAAAGCGCAAACCACGGGUCAAGCGACGACGUUAGCAAUCCAAUGACUGUUUCAAUACAAAAAGUGUCCACUGAUCGUGCCAUUGAACCUUGCCGUGCCAGAGGGGCUGGACGCUCGGCCUGACAACUGGGUUAACUCGGCGAUGUCAGCUGCGAUGGCGCACACUUGGACUAAUUACCAGCGCAUGGGCAUUCACUCAAACACUCUUUCACUCACUCACUCACGGAUACACCUGUCCUGGACAGCGUCGCAAUUUCUAUUUGAUUUUUGUUCUUCAAAUUCUUCAAAGGCAAAGACAGAGGGAGAGGGAGAGCGGCAGCAGCUUUUUUGCAUGAAAAUGAAUUAUUCAGUGGGGACUGGGGCUAUGGCUGGCUGUGGCGAUUCUGGCGCAGUCAUUAUGAAAUCGGGUAUGCUUAGUAUUUGGUAUUUGGUAUGGAUAUUGGGAAUUAGAUAUGCGACAUUUGGUGGCCACCAAGCGAGCGGACACCCGUCCUCCCCGCUAACCGAAUGCAUAUAAAGAAUAAAGCAACUGCAGCCCUA